ACGCCAUUUGCUGACCCCUUUCUUUUUGCUCAGCUUCGCGGUGAAGGUGCAGCAGUAAUUCGGUCGUCCCGAACUCGGGUUCAUCCGACACCAUCACCAAGCUACGCUGAACAGAACCUCUAAGAACACAAAGCCAUGCCUCCAAAGUUCAACCCAACUGAAAUAAAAGUCGUGUACCUCAGGUGUACAGGAGGAGAAGUCGGUGCCACCUCUGCUCUGGCCCCCAAGAUCGGCCCUCUGGGUCUGUCCCCCAAGAAAGUCGGAGAUGACAUCGCCAAGGCCACUGGUGACUGGAAAGGCCUGCGAAUCACCGUGAAGCUCACCAUCCAGAACAGACAGGCUCAGAUAGAAGUUGUGCCCUCUGCCUCGGCCCUGAUCAUCAAGGCCCUGAAAGAGCCCCCUCGUGACAGAAAGAAGGUCAAGAACAUUAAGCACAGUGGGAGCAUCACCUUUGAUGAAGUUGUGAGCAUCGCCCGUCAGAUGAGGCCUCGAUCGAUUGCCAGGGAGCUCUCUGGUACAAUUAAGGAGAUACUUGGCACGGCCCAGUCGGUGGGCUGCAUGAUUGAUGGCCAUCCCCCUCAUGAUGUCAUUGAUGACAUUAACAGUGGCAAAAUGGAGUGCCCAACGGAGUGAUCAGGCUACAAGUUAAAAAUAAA